AUGCAGGACUCUCCUCUGCGGCAUGAGCCGCACGCCUGGCUCCUACAAGCGCUUGCGGAGAGCCAUAGCACAAACGGCGCCGACGAAAUCACGCCCGGGCGGCCCGGCCUUUCGAGGGAAGCGGUGGCGCCGCCGAAGCCGCCUGACAAGCUCGUGGUCGCGAGAAAGCCCCAACCUAUGCGGAAGAAUGAGCCUGAAAUGCGUGUCGUGGUGCAUCCCGCGGACUUCGAGGCCUACCAUGCGGGUGGCGACGGCCGGCUCUACCUGCGGCUGAGCGACGGCGCCGCCGCCGCCGCGGACGAGUCAAGCGGCUGGGUUUACCAGGUCGUCGCGGACGCUGGUAUCGAGGCCGGCUCCGUCGGCAUGAGUAGACGCACGCGCGAGGACACGGGAUUAUUCGGUAUCGGCACCGCGCCCACCGUGCGGCCCUGGCAGCCGUCGCCAGAUCACGCCCUCGCGACGCUGCAUUUUUCCUGCGCCCCGGCGCCGGAGCAUCUUCCCGCGGACGACGACAGGUGGUUCGUCGACAAGCGAACUCUGCGCGAGUUCCUCCUCAAGAGCUUCGCGGGCGUUGUCGUGAACAAAGGCCACCGGGAGACCUUGGUUUACACUCAGCCGAAUAUGACGAUAGUGCUCACAGUCGACAAACUCGAGGUGGCGGGCGCUCGCGGAGAGAGCGUCUGCUUCGGCCAGAUCGUCGCGACCACCUCCAUCGAGAUCGAGAAGGCGGCCGGGGCGGGCGCCAAUUUCUUGGUGAUGGAACAUAAUCGCAUCCAGAAGGUCAUUUUCAAGGUGCUGUAUUACGUCUUGUGGCCACUGUUCUGGCUUGAGGACGCGCUCAAGAGGCUCGCCGCAGCAAACGCAGGAGGCGCAGAGGCCGCGCCCGCCGCCGCGGCCGGAGAUGGCGACGCCGCGGCCGCCGCAGGAGGCGGCGCGGCGGCCCCGGUCCAGCCCGGUGGUUUCGUUGUUGGUAUGGUGGUUGGCGUGCUUGGCGUGUUACUGAUUUUUACCCUCGCUCUCGCGGCUAUCGAUAUGGCGCGGUACCUGUGGGCGCGGGUCGUCGGCAUCGGCUUCCUAUCGCCCGUCUUCGCGUUGAUUCGCUCCGGUCUCGUUGCCUUCGCCGGCUCCAUGCCGGUCAAAAUCUUCCUAUGCGUGCUCUACGCGUACGGCUCGCCGCAACUAGAUCCUCGUCAUCCGAAGCAUGCGGAACUGGUCGCGAAGUUAUCCAAAAAUGACAAGACGGCGGCGCAGAGCCAUAUGACCGAAAGCACCUUGAUCAUCGACCAGGGGUUCAUCCUGGCAAAUUCCUUCGUCGACAUAUUGUUCACGCUGGUCGCGGUGACGGUCGUCAUGAAGGUCUGCAAGUACCUCACGCCGGAGCCGGCCUGGUGGAUGUUCGUAUAGCUAAUACUAGAAGUAAGUUAG